CUCUCCUUCAGAGUGUCAAAGGGAAGAAUUCAUCUGCGUCCAGAGGAGAAUCCCGCCAACAGACUCUGUGUUGUGUGGAGCAGAUUAUGUGACAGGCUCCAAUCUGCCCAGCCACUCAGAUGUUCAGCUGUCCUGCUUCACUGGACACAGAAUACAGGGUCCAGUAUUUCUCCUGGAGGACGGUAAAUCAGCCAUCUCUCUUAAUGAUGCACUAAUGUGGGCAAAGGCAAACCCUUUCUCCCCUCUCGGAACAGGACUCCGCAUAAACCCCUUUUAACACACACACACACACACACACACACACACACACACACACACAC